AGAUUGUUUUAUUAGGAUUAAAAGUGCCAUUUUUUGCGACGAGCAAAUUUUGCAUUUGCGAGGCGGAGCGAAGCGAAGCCGAGCGGAUGCAAAAUUGCGAGUCAAAAACUGACUUUUAAUCCGAAUGAAACAUACUACUUUUUCGCCAGCCAAAAAGUAAAUCUCAAAAAUACAAAAUAUUGAUAACAAUAAUAUCGAGCAGAAAUGAAUCAAUCUGCAAAGUAGUCUGGUAUCCACGUCGUCAAGGCUUUUUUUGUUUGCUUACAUACCAUUGUUUUGUGAAAACGUUUGCAGUGUUAAUAAUGAAUCCUGAAGAAGAGUUACCUCCCGAUGUGCUAGAAGAAGCACAAAACGUGGUACUGAACUUGUUACCAACAAAAUCGCGCGAAGUGUAUGAGUGCGCGUAUACCCGCUUCAUCAAAUGGUGCGAAGGGAAAAAGAUUCAAACUUAUUCUGAGAACGUCCUAUUGGUAUAUUUUUCCGAAUUGGCUACAAAAAUGAAGUCAUCCACACUGUGGUCGCAGUAUUCCAUGGUGAAAGCAACUUUAAAUAUAAAAAAUGGCAUAGAAAUCGGAAAGUAUUCAAAAUUAAAAGCGUUUAUAAAGAAACAAGGAGAAGGAUACGUUCCAAAGAAAUCAAGGGUUUUAACUAAUGAACAAAUAGAAGUUUUCUUAGACACGGCUCCGGAUUUCAAAUUCCUGAUGAUGAAAAUUGUUGUAAUCUUUGGCGUUAGCGGAGCUUGUCGGUGUCACGAACUAUUACAAAUAAAAACUGAAGAUAUUGAAAAUAUUAAAGCAGGUUUAUUGGUAAAAAUUCCUGAUACCAAAACGAAAAAACCCAGAUCAUUUACGGUUAUGGGGGAAAAGUAUUUGAAAUUUUACGAAAAGUAUGUUGCGCUUCGUCCAAAAAUGUUUAAUGAAGGUCGGUUUUUUAUUAAAUAUGUCGACGGAAUGUGCCAUCGACAAGUAGUUGGCAUUCAUAAAAUUAGUGGUGUACCCCAAGAAGUAGCCAAAUAUUUAAAGCUAGAAAACUUUAAAGAAUACAGCGGACAUUGCCUACGUCGGACUUCUGCCACGCUUUUUGUGGAUUCUGGCGGUGAUAUUACGUCCCUCAAGAGGCACGGUGGGUGGAAAUCUGACAGUGUAGCCGAAGGUUACAUAGAAGAGUCUCUUAAACACAAAAAAGAUGUAGCAAAAAAAAUUUUUCGUUUGGAAGAACCAGGUACAAGUAGUGAAACCACAAGUAAAAUACAUGAAGACGCAACGAAUAGGAAUGUGAGCGAAGUGAACCUAGAAGAAUCAGGUACAAGUAGUGGAACUACGAAUAGAAUGAUCACACGUGAAGACGGAAUAAGUAUGAAUGUGGGAGCAGUAAACCUGAAUUUUGACACUGUGACCAACCAGACAGCAGGAGCGGUAGAAGUGUUAGCGCAAAAUAUUAUUACUGACCGCAUGAAAAAUGAUAAUAGUGACGGAAAAUCUUUAAUCCAAAUCAAUCGCAGUUGUUCUUAUUGUACAUUCAAUAUUAAUUUUAAAAUUUAA